GCGUGUGUUAGUGAUCAUGGUAGUGUUUUUUGCGUUACAUCUUGUUCUAUUCUAUUGCUCUGUCUUUCUAACAAGGUAAAAGAAUCGAGAACAAGAAAAUCAGAUUUACUUAAUCGGAAAUGGUUCCUCUAGUAAUCUUAUGUAAUGUGCUAUGUUGUAGAAAUGGUUCUCGGAAUUCUUACAAUCCUGUUCAUGUGGUGAAAUUUUCUUUCAAGGUAUGUCCUCAUCCUUGAUUCUGCUGUUAAGUUUAUGAACAGCAGUGUUAAGCCAGUGGAAGGUUGAGUUGCUGCACUGGGUUUUAAUCAUGCAAUGGAUGGACUAGUUAUGAUAAUGCCAAUAAAGAAUCAGUUGUGGAGAACUAAAUAUAAUUUGGCACUUCGGCCUAUAUGAUUUCAUUGCAAAUUAGUUUUCAAGAUUCUGUUUAAAGAGUUUUGAUAGAAACAGCUUGCUUGUAAUUUUCUUAGCCUCAUUAUGGAUGGUGGUACAAAUGUAUGUAUUGCUGCUUUGACAGUUUCUUUGCAGGCCUGGGAACUUGGCAUGGAUUCCGAUGUCCUGUUGUUUCUGAUGGAUCAAGAGUCAUGUCCUGAAGAAACAAUUGUGCAACUUAACUUUGGGGACCACUUGUGGACGCUAGUUGAACUGUUGGAGGCUCUAGGAAGACUUGGCUGGGAUGUGCUUAAGGGAACUGUGACAACCGAGGAGGCUUCUAGUUUGCAAACAAAAGUUUUAAUUACACAACCGAAUCACUUUAAUCAACAACUUCAAGGGCAUAAAGUUGAGGAUUAUGAUGUGUUAGAAGAAGCUGGGUUGGUCAUUUACAACUGCCUUCUCAAGGAUCAUCCAGAGUUUAUUCAUAUCACGGAGAAGUUGGAUUUAGGUGAAAAUUUUUCAGUAAGAUAUUCCAAGCUCUGCAGGCCAGCAGAAGUCCACUUCUGA